UCAAUUUUAUUUAUAUAGUGCCAAAUCACAACAAAGUUAUCUCAAGGCACUUUACAAAGUAAGGUUUAAAACCUCACACAACUAAACCCCACAAAUCCCACAUACAGCAAGCAUUUAAUUUUACAGCAACAGUGGAGAGGAAAAACUCCCUCUCUAACGAGGAAGAAACCUCCAGCAGAACCAGGCUGGAUGUGGGUGGCCAUCUGCCUCGACCGGUUGGGGUGAGAGAAUAGAGAGAGAGAAAAGCACAGCAACAACAACAAGCAACAACAGAGCACAGGCAGGAUGGUUGGACCAGGGACUUGAUACAGGCAGGAUGGUUGGAUCCGCAGGUGCCCACACAGACACCAAACUUUAAGAUGUUAGUUAAAGAUCCCUCUAACAGAGAGUCCAGCCAGACGUUCCCAACAGACCCUCACAAUAUGUUUUGGCCUGCUAAGUCUCCGUCUUCUUCCCUGCUAGCAGAUCCUACUCACCACCAAGUAGUGAGUUGACAGCUCAGUUCCUUUCUUCAGCCAAGUGUCCAAAACAUAUGGUCGGUAACAUAAUGUCAGAUGACAUGACUACUGAUGGACACCAUUAUGUUUGAAAAUAUUGUUCGUAAUGGCCAGACUGUUCCUAGCACAGAAGUUUUAGUUGCUUUCACUAAACUAAAACGUAAAAUAGGUCUUGACGUUUCUAACAGUAGAGAGGUCAUAUUCUCUAUUGUGGUGGAAAUUUUCCAUAAAGAGGCAGAUGAGAGAGUUGUCUAUUGUGUGAUUUAUUAUAAAAUAAAAUAAAAUAAAAAUAAUGGGGAAAACAAAUAAAAAACAUAGUGUCAGGCAUGGCAACGGUCUUGACAGAGCGGACCCACAUGCACGGCACAGAGUCCAAAUGAUUCCAAUAAAAAUAGCGUUUAUUGUGCAGGGUACAGAAUAGCAGGCUGGAGAUCACUGGCACAAUCUUCAGGCAAGGGACAGACUAAUAACGGCGGUCAGACAAACACAGGUUGGUAACAGAGAGAUCGGAAUACGGUACCAGUGGAUCAGGCAGAUCGGAGUUAAUGGACAGGCGAGGGUCAGCAACAUGCAGGCUCGGUGACAGGGCAGACAAGGGCUAGGCAAUCUCGGCGUUAGUUAAACAGUAAUCGGUAACAGGCAGACUAGAGAUGGAAAUACCAAAAUAAAACCAGAAAUAAACCCAAAACCUGACACAGAGAUGUUGAUUGUGCACAUCAACAAACCAAGAACGGGCUAGGGAGGUAAGUGCAUACACCACAAUGGUGUAAUGCAAAGAGCCCACAAUCCUCAAGUCAUCUCUGCCUUUUAACCCUUUUCUCUGGCCCCGGUGGGAUGUCUCUCUGGGCCAAUCAAAUUGUUCGUGCCACCUUAUCUCGCUGUGAGUAAGAAUGUUUAUUUUCUCACUUCUGCAUCAUCGGUAUCUUGUUAUCAGAAAGGAAGAAACAUCAAGCUUCGAAGACAAGAUGCAUUGCGUUUUAUGGCCUUGGGUCUGUUGAGGAAUCAGAUCGGAGGGACCCAGAGACCGGGGUGUAAAAGACAGACAUAUACCAUAAACAAUUAGUCAGUCAAACAGACCAUAAGAUGUUUUAAACCUGAUGUAUGACAGGGCGCAAGAGAUUAGUUGUUUGUGUAAGAAUGUUCAGUAUUGCACCUAACCAGCACAUGUUGACUGAAGAAAAAGCACAAAGGCACACAUUUUCCCAUUAGACUAUCCAUACAUUACAGUAUCUGAAACUUGAUAGUGUUGAGGUCACCUCCCCCUAGUGUUGAGGGUCUAUGGGUUUUUAUUUCCAGCGUGCAAUAAAAAUGUUUGUAAGAAUGGUAAUAUAUUUUACAUCUUUCUGCAAAGUCAUACAAUUAUGUCCCCAUAACAAUUGUUAUAGGGACAAUGUAGUAACAUGAAGCACAAACUAAUUUUAGAACUUGCAUCAUCCUCCCAAGAAAAAAAAACAACAAACAUUGCAUUGUGUGUGACAUUGUGUGAGAAAGGAGGAAUAUUGGUGUCCAAGAGACAAUUGGUGAGGGAGGAGGGGAGGAGAGACAAUAAAAAAACAAUAUGACAGAAAGCUACAGGUGUUCAACUUUCUCUUUCUCUCUGGUGACGGAGACAAUGGAGGAAGCUGAACUAUGCUUUCCACAGCUUUUUAACACCUCCUGCAAGAAGCGCCCACGCAGUCAGACCGAGGCCUUGCUCAUCUACUCCCUAUUGCCCUGCUUUUCUCUGCUCACUGUGGUUCUCAACCUGUUGGUCAUCAUCUCCAUCUCCCACUUCAGGCAGCUUCACACUCCCACCAACCUACUCCUCCUCUCUCUGGCUGUCUCUGAUUUCCUAGUUGGUGUCCUCGUGGUGCCGUUUCAGAUUCUUUUAAUUGAACCCUGUUGGUUCUUGGGUGACCUGGCAUGUGUUGUGUGCGCUAUUCUACCUUUCUUUAGCGUUCCUGCCACCGCAGGUAACAUGGUGCUGAUAUCAGUGGACCGCUACGUGGCUGUCUGUGAUCCUUUGCGUUACCCCACUAAACUCACUCAAAAGACAGUUAAAGUCCUUAUUCUCCUGUGCUGGAUUUUCUCUGUUCUCUACGACCUUCUGUUUUUAUUUGAUAACCUGAGGCAACCAGGCAGGUUUAACUCCUGCUAUGGAGAAUGUGUGAUUAGUGUAAACGGAACUGCUGAUCUAGUGAUAAGGUUCAUUAUACCAAUCUCAGCCAUCAUUAUCCUGUAUGUGAGGGUGUUUGUAGUGGCUGUGUCUCAGGCUCGUUCCAUGCGCUCCCACGUUGCAGCUGUUAAACUGCAGCGUUCACUAACUGAGACUGUUCAGAGGUCAGAGCUAAAAGCAGCCAGGACUCUGGGUAUUGUCAUUGCUGUGUUUCUCAUGUGUUACUGUCCAUAUUAUGGUGUUUCUCUCUCUGGCUACAACUUUGUCAUUGGUUCUUCAGUUAACAUUGCAAUGUUUAUUCUGGUGAUAUUUAACUCCUGUCUGAAUCCUGUGAUUUACGCCUUUGUGUAUCCGUGGUUCAGAAAAUCUGUCAAACUGAUUGUUACGCUUCAGAUACUGAAUCCUCGCUCCUGUCAGACCAAAGUACUGUAAUAAACUAUUUGUGACCUUAAAGACAUUAAUGGGAAGCAGUUCCUAUCUAUAAAGUUUACCAUAUGCUUUUAUUAUUAUCGUCUCAGUGUUGCUGUGAAGCCUAAAGUAAGCUUGGAUGACACUAUUUUAAGUAAUUUUAUAGCUUAUAAAAAUUAUUCUUCUCACAAACAGUUAUUGUUCUUCUCAGCACGUCUCACAUCUCAGUUACAGUAAGGGUUGGAGGGCCCUAAUUUCUAAAUUUGUACCAGAUUUGAUUUAU